AUGGCGCGGGUACUGAUUGUGGGCGCCGGGUUGACAGGUAGUUUAUGUGCAGCGCUCCUGAGGCGGCUGGCGUCCAGGCCUUUGCAACUCUCGGUGUGGGAUGAGGCCGAGGACGCAGGGGGACGAAUGACUACGGCCAGCAGUCCUCAGAAUCCACAGUGCACUGCUGACUUGGGUGCUCAGUACAUCACCUGCUCGCCUUAUUAUGCCAAAAUACACCAAAGUUUUUAUGAUGAACUGUUAGCACAUGGUGUUUUGAAGCCUCUGACUUUUCCUAUCAAAGGAAUGGUGAUGAAAGAUGGAGACUCGAACUUUGUGGCACCUCAAGGAGUUUCUUCAAUUAUUAAGCAUUACUUAAAAGAAUCAGGUGCGGAAGUUGCCUUCAAACACUGUGUCACCCAGAUCAACUUGAGAAAUGAUAAGUGGGAAGUCUCCAGGGAAACAGGUUCCCCUGAGCUGUUUGACCUUGUUGUCCUCACUAUGCCAGUGCCUCAGAUUCUGCAGCUUCAAGGGGACAUCAAGAACUUAAUUAGUGAAUGCCAAAGGCAGCAACUGGAGUCUGUGAGCUACUCCUCUCGCUACGCUCUGGGCCUCUUUUAUGAAGCUGGCUCGAAGAUUGGUGUCCCUUGGGCUGGCCAGUACAUCACCAGUAAUCCCUGCAUACGCUUCAUCUCCAUUGAUAAUAAGAAGCGCAAUAUAGAGACUGCGGACAUUGGGCCUUGCCUGGUGAUUCACACCACUGUCCCAUUUGGAGUUACAUACUUGGAGCGCAGCACUGAGGAUGUGCAGGAAGUAAUCAUCAGGCACCUGGAAAACAUUUUGCCAGAUUUGCCUCAGGCAACUGGGACAAAAUGCCAGAGAUGGAGAUAUUCACAGCAAAAGAAAUUAACAGUGUGA